CGAGACGGAUCAAUACACAGCAGGUAGUUUCGGGCGCGCACCUGCACCUGCACACCAGAAAGGACUACUACGCAGUCAGCGCGAGACCAACCAAGGCAACUUAGAUAAUGGGUCCACGACGGGAAGGCGAUGCUUCUUUGGAGACUCAGGAUAAUCCAGGGGGGGCCGGGGACGGGUCCAAGGAUGCUCCGAUCCUCCCGGCAUAUUCCACCGUGGCGCUGGUGGACGAGGAGCCCGAGCCGGUCGACCCCUGGAGUCUUCCGGAACUCCACGACACCGGAGUGAAGUGGGCAGAAUUGGACACGAAAGGGAAGGUUUUGCGUGUUGUGACGUCUAUCGGGAAGUUUUUCCUGCUGAUUGGAUUCCUCUACAUGUUUGUCUGCUCCCUGGACGUGCUGAGCUCAGCUUUCCAGCUGGUGGGAGGGAAGGCUGCAGGGGACAUAUUCCAGGACAACGCGGUGCUGUCCAACCCGGUGGCGGGCCUGGUGAUCGGGGUGAUGGUGACUGUGCUGGUGCAGAGCUCCAGCACCUCCAGCUCCAUCAUAGUCAGCAUGGUGUCCUCAGGCUUGCUGGAGGUCCAGUCUGCUGUUCCGAUCAUCAUGGGGGCGAACAUCGGCACGUCGGUCACCAACACCAUCGUGGCCAUGAUGCAGGCCGGAGAUCGAAAUGAGUUCCGCAGGGCGUUCGGUGGAGCCACGGUCCACGACUUCUUUAACUGGCUGUCGGUGCUGGUGCUGCUGCCUCUGGAGGUCGCCACGGGCGUCCUGUACAAGCUCACCAAGCUGAUGAUCGACUCCUUCCAGAUCCAGUCUGGCGAGGACGCUCCCGACUUGCUCAAUGUCAUCACCGACCCCCUCACCAACUCCAUCAUUCAGCUCGACAAAUCCGUGAUCAAUGAAAUUGCCACCGGUGACCCAGCAGCCAGAAACAAGAGUCUGAUCAAGAUCUGGUGCAAAACCGAGACCACUACGGUACUCAAAAAUGUGACGGUGCCUGGGCCAGAGAACUGCACCAGUGCUGCCCUCUGCUGGGUGGAGGGGAACAUAACGUGGACGACAAAGAAUGUGUCUGAGACCAUUUACCUGGAGAAGUGCCAUCACCUGUUUGCCAGUGCGAAGCUGUCGGACCUGGCGGUGGGCCUGAUCCUGCUGGCCCUGUCCCUCCUGGUGCUCUGCACCUGCCUCAUCCUCAUUGUCAAACUGCUCAACUCCAUGCUGAAGGGCCAGGUGGCCGUGGUCAUCAAGAAGAUCCUCAACACAGACUUCCCCUUCCCCUUCAGCUGGGUUACAGGCUACCUGGCCAUCUUGGUGGGAGCAGGAAUGACCUUCAUCGUCCAGAGCAGCUCGGUGUUCACUUCCGCCAUCACCCCACUCGUGGGUAUUGGGGUGAUCAGCAUUGAGAGAGCAUACCCCCUCACUUUGGGCUCCAACAUCGGCACAACCACCACCGCCAUCCUCGCUGCAAUGGCCAGCCCUGGAGAGACGCUGGCCAACUCACUGCAGAUCGCUCUGGUGCACUUUCUCAACAUCAGCUGGCAUCCUGUGUGGUACUCAUCCCGUCACCGGUGCCAUCGCAUGGCCAGGCGCUUCGAUAUCACGGGCGUACGCUGUUCGCGCCUCUACCUGCUGCUGUGCUUCCUGGUGAUGCCCAUCACCGUCUUCGGCCUGUCGCUGGCCGGCUGGCAGGUGCUGGUCGGGGUGGGCGUGCCCUUCAUCGUCCUGGUGGUGGCCGUCGUCAUCAUCAACACCAUGCAGACGCGCUGGCCUCAGCGGCUGCCCGCCGUCCUCCGCACCUGGGACUUCCUGCCCCGCUGGAUGCACUCCCUGGCGCCCUUGGACCGGGUGGUCACCGCGGCGGCGUCCUUCUGCGGCAGGCGCUGCUGCUGCUGCUGCAAGUGCUGCAAGUGCGCCGGCUCCGGGUACGACAGCGAGGGCGAGGGCGAGGGCGAGAAGAAGCCCCGCCCCCUGGAGAUGUACGACAACCCCGCCCUGACGCAGGACGGCGAGCCGGAGCUCGCCAGGAGGGACGUGGAGGGAGGGAAUGCAGGCGACCCCAAAGCGACAAAAAUGUAACGACUCUCCGGCGUAGUUCGCCCGUGACCACGACCGCGUUAGACUCCUCCCCCCAGACACACCGCCAAACCAAUCAGGAGAAUUCAGAACGCUCCGCUUUUUCUGCGCGCGUGUCAGCAUGAGCCGGUGUGGAAGCCCGGCCUGAAUCGGUUUGAUCUGGUCUGAACCGGUUUGAUCUGGUCUGAACCGAUUUGAUCUGGUCUGAACCGGUUUGAUCUGGUGUGAUCUGGAUUCUUAGAAGACUUAGAAGAGUGGCACAGAAAAAUAUUGAAAGAUUUCUAUGCUAAUUGUGCUGUACAUGUUGCGUUAUCAUGUAAGAUAGUCAAAGAAAUUAACACUGGGACAUAAUUUAUAUUGCGCUGUGUGAUAUCAUUCCACCUCCAUUUUGGCUCAGGAAGUAACCAUUUUUUUCCAUGUUGUCCUCCUUCCUGAUGGAGUUCGCACUGCUUGCAGUUGUCUAUAUGCCACUGCGUGCACCUCCAGCAAAGAGCUAAUCUUACUGGCUGUUCACUGAAAUGUAAUAAUGUGUGAGUUUUCAUCAUCUGAACAUGGGUUACUCACUAUUAUUUUUAAAUAAAAUACACCGUACAUUACAUGUUUGCUCAUUUUCAUGUGAAAUUCUCAGAAUGUUUGAUAAUAACUGGGGGUUUCUACAGCAAUAUAUCAAAGUACUAUAUUGUACUUUUAAAAAAAAAUCUUACUAAUCUGCCUCCUUUAUUAAAGAAUAAUGUGUUCAAAUACCACUUGUGAGCACCCAGCAUGUGAAGAGUACAUGAGUUCAACUGUAAAAAAUAUAAAAAUAAAAUAAUCUCCCCCGUGAAAUAAGAGCAGGAAAAGGUAACCUAUGCUAUUUUAAGUCAAGUUUUGUUUUCGUGUGAAAAUGGUGCUUUUAAAAAGUCAGUCAAGUGGAAUUUCACGAUUUAAUGCCAAAUGUAUUGUUUUCGCAUGUGGAAUUUUUCAUUUGCAUGUG